GUUUAAUAUAAUUUUGCAAUUAUUAUUCAUCCCUCUGGAUUGGGUUCCUCCUCUUUUUGUCUUCGACUGUUCCAAGCUCUCCCCUUUUUGUGUUCCCUGAUUCAACCACAAUCCCAAAUCUCUCCGUUUUUUUUUUUUUGGGUUUUUAAUUCAUUUUCCUUCUCAGGAUCUUGUUUUCCGACAAAGCUUCAUCGGAUGAAUCCCACUGCAAUAAGAUUCCGCAAUUCUCUUGAAACUCGCAACUCAAAGGUACAUAGUUCCUGAAACAGAGCAAAAACAAAAAAGAAGAAGAAGAAGAAGGAGAAGCUUCGAGAGCUUAACCAUGUCGGUGUAUUAUCCAGGCUCUGUAACAUGUAACAGAGACGGCAUGCAAUCUCUGUACCAAGAACCCAUGUAUCUGAACCAACAACAAGCUUCUUCUGCCUCCGCCGCAACUUUCUCCGACAUAGUCAACGGCAACGGCGGCGGCGGAGGAAACUGUCUUGAGAUCCCUCACGCCAGCGUUCGAAACGAAAUGGUCUUUAUCCCACCGAACGGAGACGUAACAGCUCUGCAGGGUCUAAACGCAAACGUAACCGCAAACGCUGUUUCCAGCAGCGAUCUCAGUUUCCACGGAUUGUCUCUGAGCCUCGGGACACAGAUCCCAAACGCAGUCACUGUUCCUGUUCCUCCAUUUCAGUAUCAGUAUCAGAACAUGUCGAACCACUUGGGUUUUGGUCAGAAUCACAGUCUAUCUGUUAAGGAAACGUUGUCCUGUGACGUCAGUGAGAGCGGUAAGGACAAGGAGAUGUUGUUAGGACAACCUGAACACAUGCCCUCUUCCGGAUUCAGCGUCGGAUUCUACAACAAUUAUCGCUACGAGACGUCGGGUUUCGUCAGCAGCGUGUUGCGUUCUAGGUACCUUAAACCGGCGCAACAGUUGCUUGAUGAAGUGGUUAGUGUCAGAAAAGAUCUGAAACAGGUGAACAAGAACAAGAACAAAGGCCAAGACUUUAAUGGUUUAAGUGAUUCUAAGGACACAGAAAUUGGUUCUGCGAGUAAUGGAACAGCUUCUAACGUGAGCGAGUCGAACAUGAAACCGCCUGAGUUAUCCCCCUCAGAGAGACAGGACUUGCAGAGCAAGAAAAGCAAGCUUCUGUCCAUGGUGGAUGAGGUGGAUAAAAGGUACAAUCAAUAUUACCAUCAAAUGGAGGCAUUAGCUUCGUCGUUCGAGAUGGUAGCCGGGCUAAGGGCAGCAAAGCCCUACACGUCGGUUGCGCUGAACAGGAUAUCUCGCCAUUUCCGAUGCUUACGUGAUGCCAUCAAGGGCCAGAUUCAGAUUAUCAGAGGGAAACUCGGGGAGCGGGAGAAUUCAGAUGAUCAAGGAGAGAGAAUUCCACGUCUUCGGUAUUUGGAUCAGCGGCUUCGGCAACAGAGGGCUUUGCAUCAGCAGCUCGGGAUGGUCCGACCUGCUUGGAGACCCCAGAGAGGUCUGCCCGAAAAUGCUGUUACCAUCCUUCGGGCUUGGCUUUUCGAGCAUUUUCUUCACCCAUAUCCAAAGGAGUCGGAGAAAAUAAUGCUGGCGAAGCAGACAGGACUGACGAAAAGCCAGGUCGCGAACUGGUUCAUAAACGCGAGAGUUCGUCUCUGGAAACCGAUGAUCGAAGAGAUGUACAAAGAAGAGUUUGGUGAUUCGGAGAUGAACUCGAAAUCCUAUCAAGAAAACAACGUUUCCACCGGGCAAGGGCAAGACAGUUCACACGCGAUGUCUCAGUUCAAGCACGAGGACUCUCAGUCAUUUGCAGGCACCGCGACGAACUCUGCCUUCCCCGAACCGAAACCAGACGAAUCUCAGCAGAUAAACCGGUCAGAUUACGACAGUUUGAUGAACUAUAACGGGUUUAAUCUCGACGAUUACCGUUACAUCGGCCUCGGGAAUCAGCAAGACAGCAGGUUUUCCAAUCCCCAUCACUUACAUGACUUUGUUGUCUGAAAAAAAUACCACCAUUGAUGAUCUCUGGCUUCACAGUUCAAGAACUGGGCCACUGCCAGGGCAAGAACUCGAUUCUUGAAAACGCGCAAGAAGCCGCGUUUUGAAUUUUUAUAGAUAGGGGGAGGGGGUGCAUAUAUAUACAAUGUGAUGAUAUAUAUGUAGUAUAUCUCUCUGUGGCAUAUAAGGUAGAUUUUCUGAAAGUGUAGUUAUAUAUAGUUUACAUACAUUUGUAUACGUGGUGGUAAGUAAACCGAUACUGUAAUAUGUUUGUGUAUAAUAAUGUUCAUAAGGUUCAUGGUGGUAUGAAGAAAAUACUUGCAAGUGUGAACAUCUUGUUUUUUUUUUACUUUGGAAAUAAAUUUGAUAUCA